AUGGACGGACGCCUUGCCUUCAAAAUUGCAGCGGCAAUGUAUUCAUUCUCCACACUCGGUCUCUUCAACUCUUCAAUCGGCGCCGUUCUCCCUCUACUUUCGCACCAUUACAACCUCACCGACCUACACGUCUCCCUCAUUUUCCUUGCUGGACCAAUUGGCUACGUCAUUGCAGCGCAAUGUAGCGACACUGUUCAUGACCGCUUUGGCCAACGGGGGGUCGCUGUCGUGGGUCCGCUCUUGCAGCUUGUAGCUACAGGUAUUGUUGCUGCACAUUGGGACUCUUUUGGAGUCGUCCUGUGUGCGUUCGCUAUCCAGGGAUUGGGGACAGGGUUGCUGGAUGGAAGUUGGUGCGCGUGGGCGGCGACCAUGCCGAAAGCGAAUACCAUCUCUGGUCUUUUACACGGGUCCUACUCUCUUGGGGGGGCAGCAGGUCCCUUCCUAGUUACGGUUAUCACCACGCAGCGGAGGGCAUGGUGGGUUUGGUACUACGUUUUGGCCGGGGCAUCCUUCCUGGAGUUUGUGGUGCUUGUCUCUGCAUUCCGGAACGAGACUGCAUCAGCCUACCACCAGACCAAACAGUUCAGGCUAACACACACCAGUAAGAUCAGCACCAAAGCUAUCUUCAGGUACCCCGCCACCUGGCUCUGCGCGGCGUACUUCCUCACAUAUGUGGGCACCGAGACUGCCAUUUCUGGCUGGAUAGUGUCGUUCAUGUUACGAAAUCGUGGGGCGACGCCUUACAUCGCUGGACUCUCUUCGUCUGGGUAUUGGGUGGGAAUGGCCUUUGGACGUCUUAUUUUAGGGUUUGCGACAGACGGGAUGGGUGUGCGACGAGCAACGGGCUUGUAUUUCAUCUUCGCCUUAGGUAUCGAGGUACUGUUCGCGGUAUUGUCAUCGGCAGCCGUCUCUGUGGCUCUGAUGACACUAUUAGGUUUUUUCAUGGGGCCAUUGUUCCCUUCUGGCGUCGUUGUCUUGACACGUCUGUUGCCAGGAGAGCUACAUGUUGCAGCCGUCUCUUUCGUCGCGUCGCUUGGUCAAGUUGGAGGUGCUUUCCUUCCUUUCGCUAUCGGCGCCGUUGUUCAGAGUCUAGGAAUCGGCGUGUUCCGAUUCGCUAUUCUUGUGCAAACGUUUCUCGCGCUACUGGUGUGGUAUGCCUUCGCACGACUUCGUCAAACGGUGCUGCCUCUACUGGCCGCACGAAACGAAGACUAA